AUGGGUGCACUUUCCGCCGUCCUCGCCAUCCCUUAUCGAAGUAUCAAAGAAUCUAUUGAGAGAAGUCGCAAACAGAAGAACAAAAAUAAACAAGUAAAUAAACAAACAAAAUCUGCACCGGGAAGUCGCACACCGAGUGUUUAUCGUGAAACGGGAGGAAGGACACAGAGAACAGAGAGGUUAGAAGGAAGAGUUAGUCCAGAAAAAGGAAGAUCGCAAUCAUUAGGUUAUUUACCAUCGUUCGAAACGCCUCGGGCAGAAUUGGAGGCAGAUUUGGGCAAGGGAGUAAACAAGGGAAAGGGAAAGGAAAUCGAAGGGGCUUCGCUGCAGAAAUUGUCGACGGGGUUAAGAACGACGUCACAGAGAGAUUUUGCGUUGGACGCUACAACGCAGGUAGAGGUUACUGCAAUUGAGCAGCGUUUCUUGCAUAGCUCUGCGAUCUUCAAAUAUACGAAGGAGAAUAAAAUUUCAGAAAAAAUAAACACAAACACACGGCCUCGAAUACUAUCCGAACGAACGGACAACUACACAGACAAAAUGGGGUCAGACGAAGAUUACAUGGCGUUCCUCGAUAAAGCCAACGAGGAUCCCAGUGCCGGCACGUCAAAAGCUACGAGCAAUAAUAAAAAAGCUGAGUUCAAGACCAUGGAUGAUGAUGUGGAUGUACCUAGCGUGUUGGUUAGGGCAACCAAGGAUGCGUGGUACACCAGUGAUGCCGAUGAACCAUUUGUUGUUGUGGCGCUGAAAUGUGAAGGAGGAAUGCCGGAUGAAGAAACAUUCGCGAAACUCAUAGCCCAUCCUGCUCCCGCAGACGCAGCGGAAGAAAUACAGAUUAUGGAUAUCGGGGAGUGGGAUCCGCAGGGACAAUACAAACAGAUUGUGCAGGCAGUGAGAGAUGCUAGUAAGGGGAGUGAUGUGAGGGUCUAUAGGGUGUCGGGGGAGGGAGCGAGAGUUGAGUAUUGGGUUGUGGGGGUUGAGGGGGGGAGAUUGGUUGGAGCGAAGGCGUUGAGCGUGGAGAGUUAG